UCGACGGAAGAUAAGGAGUCAAGCAUAGAGCCGAGUGCGCGGAGAGGUAUUUGGGACAGGUGGCCUCUCUUGCAGCAGUCUGUCCAUGUACCUGAGUGGACGUUGCAAGAUGAAGUAAAGGCAAUUGCUGAGAAAACUAUGAAGGAUUGGGCUCACAACCAUCAAGAUUCUGCGUCAGCGAAGGAUGCUGCCGUGAAGGAUACUGAUGGACAUGGAAAGGGGGAUAAACCUCAUCCACACAAGCAGCGCGAACCCCCUGUAUCCCCUGGGGCCACGUCAGAAGCUACCCAAGAGGAGUACUGGGAUGUAACAGCAACAUCUGUAGACGAAGGCCUACUGUCCCAGUCGGCAUUACACGGGCUCUCUCUAGAAGCUGCAACCUUCCUAUCACACAUUUUCGGACUAUUGGCUGCUCAUCGUCCAGCUCAUGAUGCUUCCCUUCAAAAUCGGCUCAACGCGACAGAUUGGAAGACUGCUCUAAGCAUUCUAGCGAGUUCAGAAAUAAUCAGCAACGAGUAA